AUGGGUGGUGGGCAAGAAAUACCUCACAGACAUGCCACAACUCAGCAACCAGUAUCAGAGCCGCAAUGGAAUAGAGGACUCUGGGGUCUGGUCGAUAUGGGAAGCAAUGGCAUCCGUCUAUCGAUAACAGACCAAAGCGCACCCACAACCCGCGUUCUGCCCACUGUCUACGCCUACCGCAACAAAAUCUCUCUCUAUGAAGCCCAGUAUGACGAAGAUGGUAACAAGGUCCCAAUCUCUGCUGCUGUGAUGGAUGAUGUUGUCUCCAUGCUUCUCAGAUUUCAGAUCUUCUGUGCAGAUUUCAGGGUUCCGCCAGACCAGAUUGAGAUUGUUGCUACGGAGGCCACCAGAGCUGCGAUCAACUCAAAAGAAUUCUGUGAGAAGAUCCGAAAGGAGACCGGCAUCAAGAUGACUUUGCUCUCCAAAGAGGAUGAAGGAAGGAUUGGUGCUUAUGGUGUUGCUAGUUCGUUCUCUGCUGUCCGUGGCUUGGUCAUGGAUAUGGGAGGCGGCAGCACUCAAAUCACAUGGAUGAUUGCUAAGGGAGGCGAAACUCAGAUCAGUCCCGUUAGUGCGGUGAGUUUUCCUUAUGGUGCUGCUGCCCUGACAAGAAGGCUUGAAGAGUUGAAAAAGGGAAGGAGCAAGCAUGAGGCGCACAAAGCUCGUGAAGAGUUUCGUGCUCAGGUCAAAGCGCAAUUUCAGGAGGCAUACAAUAAGAUUGAGGUUCCGCAUGAACUUGUAAAGGAUGCCAAAAAGAAUGGAGGCUUCAGACUUUACCUGACUGGAGGUGGCUUCCGCGGAUGGGGUUACCUCUUGCUUCACCAUGAACAGGUGGCCGGUGGUGGCUAUCCCUUCUCUAUCAUCAACGGGUUCACAGCACAAAAGGACGAAUUUGAAGACACCGAGAAGAUGAAGCAGAUUGCCGAGGAGGCCAAAGAGAUUUUCCGCGUGUCCGAUCGUCGUCGGGCUCAAGUACCUGCUGUGUCUUUCUUGGUCAGCAUUCUUGCCGAAGCAAUUCCUCACGGCAUCCGCGAAGCCCAUUUCUGUCAAGGAGGUGUCCGUGAAGGUGUCCUGUUCAAUCGGCUUCACCCAGAAAUCCGCGCUCAGGACCCUCUGGAGGUAGCAACUCGUGACAUGGCAAAACCCAUUUCGCCAAAACUCGCUGUUCUGGUCACGCAGUCCCUUCCUGCUCCUACAGAAGAGCAUCCUGGCGUUCCUGAGUCGAUCGAUGUACACAUGAUCAGGGCAUUCACGAACAUGUUUUACUUCCACGCCGACAUGAACAAGGAAGUUUCUUCUACAUCUGCAUUGUACAGCACAGGUACUGGCAUUUUGUGCUCAACACAUGGAUCUUCGCACGCCGAUAGAGCUUUACUGGCUCUCAUGCUCGAAGCACGCUACGAAGGCGAACUUGCACCUCGUGAGACUGACUACCGCGAUCAACUCAUUCGCCUCGUAUCAAAUGAAGAAGCAUGGUGGACGCAAUACAUCGGUGUGAUCGGGCUCAUUCUGUCUCGCGCUUUCCCCGCCGGUGUCAUCCAAGAUGACUUGUAUGAUUUCGCUCACAAGACCAUCCUAAAGAAGCCCGAGAUACGCAUUUCGUCUGAAUAUGUUCAUACAUUAGGCAAAAAGCGCAACAAGGAGGGAUUGAUGGUUACAUUCACGAUCGUCUGGGCAACAGAGAAUAAAGAUGAUCCUAUGGACGUCAAGGAGACAUUGGGCAGGCAUCUCAAAAAUAUUGUCAAGGUUGGCAAGAAGAAGCAUGCAAUCAAUGGAUGGAGGAUCAAGAUUGGGGCGCAGGUCAAGGAUGAUUAUCCAAAUGAUCUUUAG